AUGACUGCUAAAAAAGAUAGCGUCUUGAACAUGCAGCAGCUGCUGCUCUUUGCUGUUGCUGGAGAAGCAGCAGCAGGAGCGCUGCAGCGGCGGCAGCAGCGGCUGCAGCAACAGCAGCAGCUGCUGCAGCAUCUGCAGCAGCUCCUGUCCUACCAGCAGCAACUCGAGCAGCAGCAGCAAGCCGCAUUAAACAAACAAAUUAAUAAACAAAAAGAGCUUCAGGAUAAGCUGCAAGAAGCGUUAGCAGCUGCUAGGCGCUCUCUAGCUGAGCGAUUAGCAGAGGCAACGAAGCUGGAGGCUGAGUUGGUUGCGAUGCCCCUCUCUUCUUCUCUUUCUUUAUCUUCAGGUGUAUAUGCAGCUUAUUCACAAACACAAAAAGAAACAAUAAAGACGCAGCACAAUACCAACUGCGCAAAUUCUGCUGCAGCAGCACUUCAGCAGCAGCCACCAGCAGCUGCAGCAGCUGCAGCAGCUGCAGCAGCUGCAGCAGCAGUUCAGAGGCAACUAGCAGCAGCAGCAGCAGCAGAUGAGACAGAAGGAGAAGUAGCAGGUACAGACAUUACUGCAGCACAAGCAGCAAUAGGAGCAGCAGCUGCUGCUGCAUUAGCUGCCGAAGGCUCACGGGUAGCAGCAGCAAAUCCACAAUCAGCAGCAGCGCAUGCAGCGUCACAAACAGCAACAGACACAGCGCUAACAGCAGCAGCAGCAGCAGAAGUAGACCCAGCAGCAGUAGACCCAGCAACAGCAGCAAACCCAGCACUACCAGCAGCAGCAGCAACAGCCCCAGCAUUACCAGCAGCAGCAGCAGCAGCAGCAGCAGACCAGGCACUAGCAGAGGCAGACCAGGCAUUAGCAGCAGCAUCAGACCCAGAACUAGCAGCAGCAGCAGCAGCAGCGGCAGCCAACCCUGCACUAGCAGCAGCAGCAUCAGCAGACCCAGAACUAGCAGCAGCAGCAGCAGCAGCAGCACAAGACCCAGCAGAGAGCGAAGAGGCUGCUUUGCUGCCUCUCGAAGAAACUCUGUUUAGUUUGGCAAUAGAAGUGGGGCUCAGCAGCAACGAGCUGCCUGUCCUUGAGCUGCUGCAGCACCGCAUGCUGCAUCAGGUUUUUUCUUCAUUUGUUUCUACACCCGUAGCAGCAAAACAACAACUCCAAACCAACACACAAACUAAUGCAGCAGCAGCUGCUGCAGCUGUAACAGCAGCAACAGCAGCAACAGAACUACCACCACAGACUGCAACAGCAACACAGCCAACACCAUCCAAGGCGACAGCAGCAACAGCAGCAACAGCAGCAGCACCAACAGCAGCAGCAGCAGCAGCAGCAGCAGCACCAACGAGAAGACGGUCAGAUGCCGCGGCAGUUCGUAAGCAGAAUCUGCUGCUGCAGCCGAAGCAAAACACUCCCAGCACACACACACGAAGAUGCAAACCUAAGAAACGCACAGAACAGCAGCAACAGCAACAGCAGCAGCAACAGCAACAGCGGAAGCAGCAAUCGCAGCAGCAGCGACAGCAGGAGCAGCAAUCGCAGCAGCAGCAACAGCAAGAGCCGCAAUCGCAGCAGCAGCAACAGCAAGAGCAGCAACCGCAGAAGCGGCAACAGCAGGAGCAACAAUCCCCGAAGCAGGAACAACAGCAGCAGCAGAAACUGCAGCAGAAGCAACAACAGCAGCAGCAAUCGCCGCAGCAGCAACAGUCGCAGCCGCAACCCCCGAAGCAGGAACAACAGCAGCAGCAGCCAUCGCAGCAGCAGCAGCAACAGCAGCAGCAGCAAUCGCAGCAGCAGCGACAGCAGGAGCAGCAGCAAAGGCAAAAUCGACAGGAGGAAGCAGCAGAGCAGAAGCAGGUCUCGCCAAAGGAAGAAAAUAGGUGCCAGCAGCUAGCGCAGCAGCAGGAGCAACAGCAGCAGGAGCAACAGCAGCAGCAACAGCCGCGUGGGCAACUGCAGCAGCAGCAGCAACAGCAGCAGCAGCAGCAGCAGCAGCAACUGUAUCAGGAAGGUAGCAACCGCUGCACAGGUGUUGCCAGCGGGCGUCUAGAGCAGCUGCUGCAGUGCCCGCAGCAGCAGGAGCAGCAGCUGCUGCAGCCCCCACAGCAGCAACAGCAACAGCUGCUGCAGCACCCUCAGCAGCAGCAGCCACUGCCCCACCCACAGCAGCGCGAAGGCGCAGGGUUGUUGUGCUGCAGCAGCGGGUCUUUUAUUAACAGAGACACAUGCAGCAGCGACACCAGCGGAGAGGCAUCUCCUUUGCUGCUUUCCUUUUGCUAA